GUAGUCAGAAACCAGUUGUAGAACAGUGAACUCGGUAGCCAUCGUAUUUUCAAGCCCUUAAAACAAGGCUACACAAGCUUCUUUUGUUCAGUAGCUCUCAGUUCUCGCACUCAUAAACAACGCUUGCCUUUUUGCUUCUAUCCGAAGCAAAGCUUGUUGAGUUGAAAAAUGGCGAUCAAAACAUCUAUUGUGAUGGUGUUAAUGGUAUGGCUUGCUGGCGUCCAUUGCCACACUUAUUAUCUGGGUUCAUGUCCUCGCGUUGAUCCCGUCAACGAUUUUGACAUGUCAAAGUUUCUUGGGCGCUGGUACGUCAUUCAAAAGUUCUCCACGGCUUCCUCUUGUUGGACGUAUGACUUUGUUCGCAACAAGACCGAUGAUUCGCUGAAAAUUGUCCAGUCACGCGACCAUGUCGCUUUGGAUACGGUUGGGCUUGACAACAACUAUCGCUACACUGGGACUCUGGAUGUACCCGACUUGAACCGACCAGGCUUUAUGCGUGUACGUUUUCCAAUGAGUUUAGCAGGCAAGGCCGAUUAUGUAGUUUUCUCAACGGACUACGAUAACUACGCAGCCAUUUACAGUUGCCAAAGUAUUCUGUUUGGCCAUCGUCGUUCCGCUUCUAUUCUGUCUCGUCGCCCGACCUUGGAUCAACCAUUCAUUAAUAAGGUUCGCACAAAACUGGAAAGCUUCGGAGUGGAUCCGCACGAUUUCUCAAUUAUUGAACAUUCUGAUUGCAAGACCCUUCCUUCAACGAGUCUGCUGAAUGUCGAGGUCAAUCAAAAUACGUUUAGUACAGGAAAUGUCGUCAACGUUGCCAAGGACGUCGGGAAAACCGUUGUGAACGGCGUUGUAGAUGUUGCCCAAGGAGUUGGUACAAUCGUCAAUCGUUUGGCCAAUUCUACAUCAACCAAUAAUGCCGUGGCUCCGGCAGGAAAUGCUAACAGAGACGUCGAAUUUGUAACCGUUGGAAACCGCCCGAAUGAAUCCGCCUUUUUACGAAGAAUCGAGGAAAAUUUGUAAGAUUCAGCGAAAAAUGAUAUUGCUUGUUACUCCCCUUAUUCCUGAUUCAUUUUUAUCAAUCGUUCUCAAAGCGCCUUUUUAAAGCAUAAUGCGCUCUACGUAGAUAGUAAACAUCAACUUAAUUACCUACACAUUAAAAAAAAAAAAUAGACUAUUGCUUUUUUUUUCUCCAAAUUUCACUCAUCAACUAGUCUUUGUGUAAUCCAUUGUAACUGAAAUAAAUUCGUGCAAACAGAUUGACUCUCAUCAUUCUCCAAUGCACAAUCCGCCGGAUGUACGGCUAUCACCAUUCAA